GCUCCGAGCGCGUGAAGAAGGGCUUGCCCUCGAUGCUGAAGGGCGGCGUCAUCAUGGACGUGAUGAAUCCGGAGCAGGCCAAGAUCGCCGAGGCAGCCGGCGCCUGCGCCGUGAUGGCGCUGGAGCGCAUCCCCGCCGACAUCCGCACCCAGAAGGGAGUGGCGCGCAUGUCCGACCCGAAGAUGAUCAAGGAGAUCAUCAACGCGGUGUCCAUCCCAGUGAUGGCGAAGUGCCGCAUCGGCCAUUUCGUGGAGGCGCAGAUCCUCCAGGAGCUCGGCAUCGACUGCAUUGACGAGAGCGAGGUCCUGACGGUGGCCGACCAUCACAACCACGUCAACAAGAACAAGUUCAAGGUGCCCUUCGUGUGCGGGUGCAGGAACCUGGGCGAGGCGCUGCGGCGCAUCGCCGAGGGUUGCAGCAUGAUCCGCACGAAGGGAGAGGCCGGCACCGGCGACGUGAACUCGGCGCGCUCGCGUCGCCGCCCUGGGGGGGCUCAGGGCGAAGUGGUGGGAGGAGGGCCGCCCCCCGCCGUAGGAGAUCGGCGCCCCCAUCGAGCUCCUGAAGCAGGUGAAGAAGGACGGCAAGCUGCCCGUCGUCAACUUCGCGGCGGGCGGCAUCGCUACGCCGGCGGACGCCGCGCUGUGCAUGCAGAUGGGCGUGGAGGGCGUCUUCGUGGGCAGCGGCAUAUUCAAGUCCACAGAGCCAGAGAAGCGCGCCCGAGCCAUCGUUCAGGCAACCACGCAUUUCAACGACCCCAAGGUGCUCGCCGAGAUCUCCGAGAACAUCGGGGACGCCAUGACGGGGAUCAACUGCGACGACCUCGCGGUGCGCUGGGCGGACCGCGAGGGCGGGAACAUGGAGCCGGCCGCCAAGAAGGCACGAACCAGCUACGCCGAGCCCGCCCCGCCGGCGAACACCUGGUGAGCUGCCCCUCCGAGAGCAGCGCCCCGCGAGCCACGCCUUCGGGAGCGUCCUCCG